AUGGCGUGUGAAGACACCAAGCCGAUGCCCGUUGCCAUUGUAGGCUUUGGUUGCCGAUUUCCAGGCGAUGUCACAAACGGCGAGAAGCUAUGGGAGAUGUUGGUUGAGAAGAGGUCGGCUCGCACCGAAGUACCUCUAGACCGCUUUAAUAUUAAUGCAUUCCACAAUCCCGACGGGGACCGUUUCGGGACGUGUAACAAUCGUGGUGGACACUAUCUCACCGAGGAUGUCUCACUGUUCGAUGCGCCGUUUUUCUCGAUAUCACCGGCUGAGGCCAUGGCCAUGGAUCCCAUGCAGCGGUUACUGCUUGAGGUGACGUACGAAGCGCUGGAAAACUCAGGGACGCCGUUAGCCAGGGUUUCGGGAUCUAAGACCUCAUGUUAUGUCGGUUGCUUCACAAAAGACUAUGAGGAGAUGCAACGGCGAGAUAUGGAGCUAGCACCGAAGUACCAGUCUACUGGCGCUUCGCAGACGAUGCUGUCGAAUCGACUGAGCUAUUUCUUCAACUUGAAGGGGCCAAGUGUAAGCGUAGACACAGCUUGCAGCAGCGGGCUUGUCGCCGUGCACUUAGCUUGCCAAAGCCUGCGAAUGGGCGAAAGCUCCAUGGCGAUCGCUGGAGGAAGCAACCUCAUCCUGAGUCCAGACAUUCAGAUCGAGAUGAGUGACAUGCACUUCUUGAGUCCGGACUCAAUAUCGCACGCAUUCGAUGACCGAGCCAAUGGCUACGCACGGGGGGAAGGCGUUGGCGCAAUCAUACUGAAACCAUUAGAUCUAGCUCUACGCGACAAUGACCCCGUCCGAGCCAUCAUCCGUGGCACAGCUGCCAGUUCGGACGGACGAACGCCCGGCAUCACGAUGCCUUCGAAAGACGCCCAAGUUGACCUUAUACGCUCAGCAUAUCGCGCGGCAGGGAUCGACGUAAGCGAGACGGGAUAUUUCGAAGCGCAUGGCACAGGGACGGCCGCAGGAGAUCCCAUAGAAAGUGGAGCAAUUGGCGAAGUGUUCGCCGCCAAUCGCCCACGCCGCAUCAUGGAGACAACUGAGGAAGUCGUUCCCCUCUCCAUUGGGUCCGUAAAAACAAAUAUGGGCCAUCUGGAGGGGGCUAGCGGUAUCGCUGGAAUCAUCAAAGCCAUGCUCAGUGUGGAGAAGGGUACCAUCGCACCAAAUCUUUGGUUUGAGCGGGGCAACCCAGCCAUUGAUUUUGAAGGAUGGCGGGUCGAAGUGCCUACAGAGCCUAAAGAGUGGCCACUUGACGGACUACGACGCGCAAGCGUGAACUCCUUCGGCUACGGAGGAACGAAUGCGCAUGUUAUUCUUGACGAUGCAUAUCACUAUCUACAACACCAUCGCCGCUCGAUCGGUCGCAAGAGGAAUGACUCUGGUUUUGUCAGCCCUGUGAGAGACGACUCCUUUAGCAACGCACCAAGAUCGCGCCUUUUCUUCCAAUCUGCCAAUGAUGAGCGGAGUCUUUCCCAGAUGGCACAAGAUCUUUCGAAACAUCUUCAAGGCCAGAUUGGCCUCAAUGAAGAGCAAUUACUAGAUGAUCUAGCGUACACACUGUGUGAACGCCGAUCACAAUUUUCCUAUAGCUCCGCGAUCGUCGCCUCGAACAAGUCCACUCUGGAAACCAAACUGCAACAUAUACGCCCAAGCUCUACUAGCGGCACAAUACCACCGCGAAUAGGCUUCAUCUUCACCGGACAAGGAGCUCAGUGGUGGGGCAUGGGUAGAGAACUAUUGCAUUAUGCCGUCUUUAGGAAGACUCUACAACGUUGUGAAUCUGUCGUCACCGGCUUGGGUGCCGAGUGGUCAUUGAUGGAAGAGCUGCUCAAAGACAAAGCUACCUCAAGAGUUAACGAAGCAACCUUCAGCCAGCCACUUUGCACUGCUCUGCAGAUUGCGCUCGUGGAUUUACUUGCAUCGUGGAAUAUCCAACCACAAAGUGUAGUCGGACACUCCAGUGGUGAGAUUGCUGCUGCAUAUUGCACAGGCGCGCUGAGUACUGAGUCGGCGAUGACUAUCGCAUUCUUUCGAGGUCUUCUAUCGCCAAAGGUCAAGGGCAUUGGUCUGGAAGGACGCAUGAUGGCAGUCGGUCUGUCCGAAGAUGAUGCAAAUAACGACAUUAGAGAGCUAGGCGAUGGUUCCGGCAAGGCUGUCGUGGCUUGUGUGAAUAGUCCACGCGGUGUUACCAUUUCUGGUGAUGUCACAGCUAUUGAAACCUUGCAGAGGACUUUGGAGGCCAAAGGUAUCUUUGCGCGUUUGCUCCAGGUCGAUACUGCCUACCAUUCCCAUCACAUGCAAGCAAUCGCGAAAGAGUAUCUGGCUCGCCUGAAAGAAGCAAAUGUUGCGCCAAUCAGGACUGAUGCACAGAUAUCCAUGUACUCUUCCGUGACGGAAGACAUUGUUGAAUUAGACCGCCUGGGUGCUGAUUACUGGGUAUCGAAUCUCGUCGGUAGCGUUCGCUUCUCCGGAGCGCUUUCAAAGCUAUGCGCAUCAGGUUCGGGAGGUCAGAACGCUGUUGACAUCCUGCUUGAGGUCGGACCUCAUGCCUUGUUCAAACUUCCCGUCAAAGAGAUCCUCGAUGAUACAUUCGCGCAGAAGUCGAACAUUCAGUAUCUGUCAACCCUCAUUCGCAACAAGCCUGCGGAUACUACCGCACUCGAGGCUGCCGGUCAAUUGUUCGCGCACCGGUACCCGGUGGAUCUGCAUGCCAUCAAUUUCCCGACCGAGCCUAAACAGUCACUGUCUGUGCUGACUGAUCUUCCCCAAUACCCUUGGAACCACACCCGGCGCUACUGGUGGGAGUCGCGCCUUAGCCGUGACUAUCGUUUCCGAAAGUUUGGUAGGACCGAUAUCUUGGGCGCACCUGUCAACGACUGGAACCCAAUAGAGCCCAGAUUCCGAAACUUUAUACGACUGCGCGAGCAACCUUGGCUCCGAGACCAUGUGGUUCAAGGUGACGUGCUAUUCCCAGCAUGUGGCUACUUGUGCAUGGCCAUUGAAGCUUGUCGGCAAAUGUGUACCAUUUCGCCAUCCACAUUCCUCCCGCAGGGCGUUAGUAGUGCGGGUGAGUACCGACUUCGCGAAGUCAGCAUUUCACGUGCACUCGUUGUGUCGGAGGCCGAUGCAGGCGUAGAGACUUGCUUCUCCAUGAGAUGCAAUCUCAACCACGAUAGCUCAUGUUCAGAGAUAUGGCACGACUUUUGUGUUUUUUCAUACACCGCAGACGGAGGAUGGGUGGAAAAUUGCCGCGGGAUGGUUUCUGUGGCGGGCAGGUCCAUGUUGGACGAACAGCUCGCUCAGGAGUGUCUCAGCGAUUGGGACAGAGCGCGCUCAAACGGUGUACACAAGGUGGACGUUGAAACUUUUUACCAUGGCGUCGAUGCCAUUGGCCUCACGUAUGGUCCAACUUUCCAGGGUCUCAAGAACAUCAGCAUCGACCCUCAAAUGCCUGGCCAAGCUACUGGAGUCGUUGAAGUCACUGACACGAAGGCUAGCAAUCCAGGAGGUUUCGAGUAUGACCGAUUAUUACACCCAGCUACCCUGGACACAUUCCUGCAACUCGGCUUGGCUGCGCUAGGCGGUGCUAAUCUCAACCAGCUUAAGGGUGCCAUGGUCCCAACUUUCAUCGAGGAGAUGUCCGUAUCUGCCAACGUAGCGGCCCAGAUUGGUGAUUCCCUCAACGUUGUAGUCAAUGCCCAACAACGUAGCAUACGGGAGGCUGCCGGUGACAUCUUCGCAUUAGAUCCGAUCACUUCAAGGCCAGUCAUCCUCAUCGAUGGCUUCGAAUUCGUUGCUAUAAACACAGUCAUCGGCUCUAGUGAGUUGUCUGCACUACCCAAACACUGCUAUAAGCCAGUGUGGGAGCCAGAUGUGGAACUCAUCGAUCGUCAACAUCUGAACCGCGAACUCCAGGCGGCACCACGACCUGAUGACCGCCCCAAGACUGUAAGGGAACUAGAGCUACUCUCAUACUACUUCAUCGACAAGGUAUUGCAAGAAGUCCCUCAGAGCGAAGCAUCUACCAUGUUGCCACAUCACCAAAAGUUCUACCAAAACUUGUGCGAGCUUCGGGAUGCUGUGCUAACGAAAACACAUCCCCAGCAAACAGAUGAAUGGCAACAGUUACAAAGUUCAGAAGUUGUGUCAAAGCUCGAGGCCAUAGUAGAGCACUACCGCAACCAUGAGACAGCAUACGAUGGAAAACUCCUCGUUCGUGUAGGCGAGGCUCUACCGGCCGUGUUCAGGCAAGAGGUUGAGCCACUCGCUCUUAUGACGCAUGAGAACUUAUUGGAAGACUACUACACUACCGCUGUCGGCAUGCCGAACACAUACGCCCAGAUCUCGCGUUAUACCACAAUGCUUUCGCAUAAGUACCCAAAUCUUGAUUACCUUGAAAUCGGGGCUGGAACUGGUGGUGCGACGGUUCCAACGCUGAAAGGCUUGAGUGGUUGUGAAGACCUCCACAUGUACUCUCGGCUGAGGUCGUACACCUACACCGACAUCUCAUCCUACUUCUUCCAGCGCGCUGCAGAGAAGUUCGGAGGUUUUGCACAGUUUAUGAACUUCAAAAAGCUGGAUGUUGAGCAUGAUCCCGAGACACAAGACUUUAAGCCUGCUUCUUACGAUGUGAUCGUUGCGGCCAAUGUACUCCAUGCUACAUCAGACAUGCAUCGUACUAUGAUGCACGCUCGAAAGUUGCUUCGACCAGGAGGAAGGCUCAUCCUUCUUGAGAUGACCAAUCGAUUGCUUGCUGCUUCAGUCAUCUUCGGUACCUUGCCAGGGUGGUGGAACGCAUCCGAAGAGUGGCGAACCGGUGGUCCUCUACUUACAGAGAGUCAAUGGGAGGAUUUGCUCCGCUCAACGGGAUUCGGCACUCUCCAAGCAAGUAGCCCAGAUGUCCUGGAUCCGCUCGAGGAGGGCACAAGAUUGAUGAUCGCCACUGCCGUUGAGUCAAAGCCGACGCUAUCGAGCGGAAUGAUCACACCUCCGGAAACACCCCGCUUUAUCAUCCUUUGCGCCGACUCUCGUAUCAGACUGAGCAGAAUGGAUAUGCCAUUGGCACUCAAAGCAAGACUGGAGAAAUCAGGCUUCCAAGCACAACUCAUGUCUCUUUCCAAGCUGGACCAACAGGAUCUUGCUCGCACGAUUUGCUUCAGCUUUGUCGAGCUUGAAGAACCCCUCCUCGCCAGCCCUUCCUCAGACGAUAUAAAGACUCUCCAAAACAUCGCCGAUGCUUCUGCAGGUUUAGUAUGGGUCACACGCGGCGCUGCAUCUUCGGACGUUGAGCGUCCUGAACUUGCCGUCUUCCAAGGUCUAGCCCGUACGCUGAGAGUUGAAAAUGAAAACUUCACAUGUAUCACUGUCGACUUGGAUGCUAAGAAGACUUUACCUGCUCACGAUGUCGCUGAGCUGCUUCUUGGCAUCUAUGAGAAACAGCUUGGUCCGGGAAGAAGUGCCAGCCUGGUUGACAGCGAGUUUGUCGAGCAAAAUAGUGUACUUCACAUCAAGCGUGCUAUUGAGGAUGAGAAAUCGAAUCAGUUCUUGGUUGGUCGGGCAAAUACAAUGGCUUUGCAACCGCAACUAGAGAACGCGAUACAAGAUGGUCGUCCACUAAAGCUCAAUAGUGUCAAUAGAGGUGGGCCAGAUCUAGUCGUCUUCGAAGAAGACAUGAGAUUUGCGCAAUCUAUCCAAGCUGGCGAAGUAGAGAUUGAAGUCCGUGCUACGAGCCUCAGCCCUGGAGAUAUGAAGAUUCUAGGCGGAGAACAUCUUGAUGGCAAGCUCGGUCAAGAAUGUGCGGGUGUUGUCAUAAAGGCUGGUUCUGAUGUCAAACAUCUGUCUUUGGGUGAUCGAGUUGCAGUAUGGUGUCCAGGGUCGGUUGCUACCCAUUUGCGUGUUCCAGCAGGGUUUGCGCACAGGAUAUCCGAUGUCAUAGCGUUUGGAGCGGCAGCUACAUUACCGAAAGCCUAUACAACUGCUCACUACGCGCUCGAACAUAUCGCGCGCCUGCAGUCUAGUGAGACCGUUCUCAUUCACGAAGCCGCAGAUGCUGUGGGUCAGGCAGGCAUCCAGAUAGCCUCAAAUGCGGGUGCGAAGAUCUUCGUUACCGCAAGAUCAGAGGAAGAGAAGAGCCACCUUAUUGAGAACUACGGUAUCCACAAAACUCGUGUCUUCUCCAGCCAGGGUCUCAAAUUCGUCACAGCGCUUCGCCGAGCGACAAAGGGCCGCGGCGUUGAUGUCAUUUUGAACACCAUGAGUGGCGAGGCGCUACAAGCGACGUUCAGCUGCAUCGCACCUUUUGGGAGAUUUGUCAAUCUCAAUACGCAGAGGACUUGUCGACUGGAGAUGGCACCUUUCGGCCGCAAUGUAUCAUUUUCGUCGGUUGAUAUGGCGUUGAUGUACAAGCAAAAGCCGGAGCUCGCUAGUCAAGUGUUCCAGGAAGCGAUGGGCGCUAUCGCGACAGCGCACCACCAAGCUGUCAGAGCUAUGCCGUGGUCGAAGCUAGAUGAAGCUGUUAAGAUGGUGCAGGAGGAGAAUUGGAACAGGCGGGUGGUGAUGAUGCCGCAGGCUGAUGAUCAAGUUCUGGUCACCCAAAAGCCACCCGCAGACAUUUCUUUCGACCAGUCUGCGUCCUAUAUCCUUGCUGGAGGUCUCGGCGGUCUGGGUCGAAGUAUCUCGCAGUGGCUUGUGACACACGGCGCGAAGAAUCUGAUUUUCAUCUCUCGCUACGGUGCAGUAUCACAAGAAGCACAAGCUUUCAUCGCAUCCCUCCAUGCCUCGAACGUUCGAACCGCCAUCCUGAGAUGCGACGUAUCCGACUUCCUCGAACUAUCCAACCUCCUCUCAGAUACCCUGCGAUCCUUCCCGCCCGUCAAGGGAGUAAUCCAAGGCGCCAUGACCCUCAACGACUCCCUCUUCACCACCAUGGCAUCGCAUCAAUGGGCUUCUACUAUCCUUCCCAAAGUUCACGGCUCAAAGAACCUCCACGAGACUACAAUGUCCCAGCCGCUCGACUUCUUUAUCCUCCUCUCGUCCCUCCACUCUUUCAUCGGCAACCCUGGUCAGGCCAACUACGCCGCAGGCUGCGCCUACCAAGUCGCCCUAGCCAAAUACCGCAACGCGCAGGGUCUACCAGCUACAGCUAUCGACCUCGGUAUCGUCGGCGAUGUAGGCUACGUUGUUGAAAAGAAAGUUGAGGGGCGGAAAGUGCAUGUCCAAGAGUUUAAACACAUUGAUGAGAAAGAGAUGUUGGCGCUCAUCGAACUGGGUGUUCGUGAACCGAUGAUGGGACAUAUAGUCACAGGCCUGGACUCUGACCUCGAAAUCAAUGGCCUAGGAGAUAGCGAGCUACCGUUCUUCGCCCGUGAUCCCGUACUGAGUCACUUGCCGUACUUACGACCACAUCUCAAAACCGAUACGCCUACACAAACGUCAAACGACGGUAGUACAUCCACAUCUGUUUCACUCUCCGUACAGCUCUCCUCCAACCCCUCUCCCGAAGCAGCUAGAGACUUCAUUCUUUCGGCGUUACUGAACAAGCUGUCGCGUAGCUUAAUGAUGGAUGUGAGUGAGCUUGAUGCUGGGAAAUCGAUGAGCAGCUACGGAACGGAUUCGCUGGUUGCGGUCGAGAUCAAAAAUUGGGUUCAAAGAGAGACAAAGGUUAAGGCCGCUCGCGAUGGCUGCAUUCGAUGCAAGCUACUCUUUGGAGGAAUCAAGAAGUACAAUUUCCCUCCUUAUCGUCCUUAUCGGACUACCGAGGCCCCCGUUAGCGAGUAUGAGCCCGAUCCUGGUCUAGAUAUCUACGUCGUCAACAAUCUGGAAAUGGGUUUACAGGUGACAAUCCAUUACGCUGGUAUGUCAAGUAAAACUGGCAGCCUACCAAUGGAGCUCCUCUUCUACUCUCAGCCCGAUCGGCCACAAUACUUUUCCGAUAUUCAACCAGCGGGCGACAUCCGUGCUGACCCUGCUUCCCAAGCUUGCAUUACUACUGUUAAGGAGUGGAUCAGGCAAUGCGACUCUCUACACCCGAAUUGCUCGUCCAGAAAUUCACCAACGACGCCAACAAGACUCCUCUCCGUUGAUUCGUUCUCAGAAGACAUCAAGUUGUGUCAAUCGAAGGAAAUAUCAACAGACGCCCGCUAUAUCGCCUUGAGCCAUACAUGGGGUCCGAAAGAAGAACGCUUAAAGACCAUGCCUUUGCUCUUGAGCGGCAACAUAUCUGCUCGUAUGCUUAGGAUACCCUUGGAUGAGCUGACUCAAACAUUCGUAGAUGCUAUCGAGAUUGCGAGGAAGCUUGGCAUACCCUACAUCUGGAUCGAUGCCUUGUGCAUCAUCCAAGACGAUGAUGAGGACUGGGCCCAAGAGGCCGCUAGGAUGGCAGACGUGUACAAAAACGCAUACCUAGUCAUUGCUGCAACAAGCUCGAAGAAUGGUGACGAUGGCUGCCUUCGGCCCAGGCACCCGAGUUACAACUUGGCAGCAUGUCUAGAGGUUUCCAGUACUAUUAACUUUCACGUUCAGCGACAAAUAUGUCACCGCGCCAUCAUCGAAUGGCAAGCAACGAGCAUCACGAUGCCUCUUCUGGACCGGGCAUGGUGUUUCCAAGAGCGUGUGCUUGCUUCUCGAAUACUUCACUACACUGAAGACGAGAUGAUGUGGGAGUGUCAAGAAGAACUUUGGUGUGAAUGUCAAAAGAUCAAAUUCGAUAACCCAUGGGCGCCAAAAUUGAAAACCUUCAAACUUUCUUAUGUUGCAGCAGUGGCAUCAGCGGAUCCCGAUAUACGUGCGGCGGCAUGGCAAGGCAUCGACUUCCUGGUAUAUCUGGGAUUGCUAAAGAGAUCGCACUGCCAAAAUUGGGCAGAUAUCUAG